UCAAAAAGGCACAGCCCAGCAUCUCUCUCUCUCUCUCUCGUUACUGAAGAUUUUGAGAGGACUUUUGACAGCUACAUAUACAUACAGAAACACACACACACAUUUAAUAUUUAUGAAUCUACAGUUUAAUGUUUUAAUGCUUUUUUGAAGAAUGAAUGAAUCAAUUUGUUUAUGUUAAUGGAGAAGUUUAACGAGCGUUUUUGAACUUCAAUUUUGUAGGUUUUAACAGACUGCUGUUCAAAUCCUGUUCUGAUUGGAGUAUUAGGCAAAAGGAUGGUGCUACAUGGGCCACCCACUCCGCUUAGUGGAUCCCAGCCUGUUCCACCAUCACUGUUGAGAACAAAUUCCAAUUUGUUGAGUGGUCAAGGGAGUGGGAUGCCUUCACAGAAUGCAUUCCCUUCUUUAGUGUCACCUUGUAACCAGUUAAACAACAUCAACAAGUUGGGGAAUGCGGCCAACGUUUCAUCUUUGCUCCAGCAGUCGUUUAAUAAUGGGGGCCCAAGUUCUGGACUAUCCGUUCUUGGGAAGCGACGGCUUAUCGAAAAUGGGGGUGUAACAAAUGUGACUGGAUUUAAUACAUCUCCACAUCUGUCCGUGUCCAUAACUACUGAUCCUAACUCAUCCGGUCAAGUUCAAGGGCAACAACAACAAUUCCCAAACCCUACUGGCAACCAAAUGUUGGCUGACCAGCUACACACUCAGCAACUUGAUCCUCAAAAUUUUCAGAAUAAUCAGCAUCAGUUACUGCAAUUUUCUGUUCCUGGCAACCAACAGCAGCUGCCAUUUCAAACAACGCAAGCUGGACUAGGAAGUGUUGGACCUGUUAAGCCGGAGAUGCAUGCAAUGAACGAUCAAACACGACAGCAGUUGCAAGCUUUGAGGAAUCUUGGUACUGUCAAAUUGGAACCUCAACAAAUACUGAAUAUGAGAAGCUUGGUGCCUGCCAAUAUGGAAUCCCAACAACCAGAAUCAUCUUCGUUUUUAAAUAAGCAACAGCAGCAGCUUCUCCUAUCGAGGCAGUCCCCUCAGGCUGCUGCAGCUGCACAGAUUUUGCAUCAACGGAGACACAUGCAAAUCCAGCGACAGCAACAACAGCGAGCCUUAAACACUAUUCCUCAACAAAAAUCUCAGCUACAAGCACAGUUUCAACCACAGAAUUUGUCUAUUAGGUCUCCGGUAAAGACAGUAUAUGAGCCUGGGAUGGGCGCGCAACGGCUAACAUAUUAUAUGUAUCAGCAGCAACAAAGACCUGAAGACAAUAACAUUGAGUUCUGGAGAAAGUUUGUUGCCGAUUUUUUUGCAACAAAUGCCAAGAAAAAAUGGUGCGUUUCAAUGUAUGCAAGUUGCCGCCAAACUACUGGAGUUUUAAAUCAGGAUGUUUGGCACUGUGAAAUAUGCAACCGCAAACCGGGUCGUGGAUAUGAGGCAACUGCUGAGGUUCUGCCCAGACUGUUCAAAAUAAAAUUCGAAAGCGGUACUAUGGAAGAGCUACUCUAUGUUGAUAUGCCAAAGGAGUCUCAGAAUUCAUCUGGGCAAAUUGUUUUGGAUUACGCAAAAGCCAUUCAGGAGAGUGUCUUUGAGCAACUUCGUGUUGUUCGUGAUGGGCAGCUUCGAAUCAUAUUCUCACCAGACCUCAAGAUAUGCUCCUGGGAGUUCUGUGCUCGACGUCAUGAAGAGCUUAUUCCUAAAAGAUUGCUGAUACCUCAGGUUAGCCAACUUGGAGCUGCUGCCCAGAGGUACCAGACGGCUACUCAGAAUAGGCCGUCAGAUGUCUUUGAUUCAGAGCUUCAAAAUAACUGCAAUAUGUCUUACACAUUUGAUUGGGAUACAUAUAUCAUAUAUGUGUAUGUUGAUAUUAAAAAUGAGUCUGCCUCAGAUUUAUUUCAUUAUCUAAGGAGACUACCUAUCUUUGAAGUAAUAGCACGAGUUAAUUACUAUGUUAUUGGAAUGCCCGUCUCCAUGUUGGCAUCUAUUCUUGAGGACCCGAGAUUUUUCUUCCCAGAGAGCUUGUUGAAGUAUCCUCGGCUGAAUCCUCCACAUGAUUUCCAGGGUGAACCUCAACAACCAGGGGGCCACCUACAGCAGCAACAGCAAAUAAUGGUUCAAAACUCAAACAAUAAUGGCUCUGUCCAGGCUCCUGCAAUGCAGCAGCUUGCUUCUACCAAUGGUGGCAUGCUGAGAGUCAGUAACACUCUUAACUCAGUCCCGGCAAUAACUCCUGCUGGUGCCAACAUUGGCCUUGUUCACCAAAACUCAAUGAACUCUAGACAGCAAAAUCCAAUGUAUACAGCAAACAGUCCUUAUGAAGGCAAUAAUGUGCCGAUUCAAUUCCCUGGUUCUUCCAAUAUUAUGCCACAACCUCAAUCUAGUCCUGCCUUCCAAUCACAAAAGCUGCCGUCAUCCAAUAAUCCACUGCAACAAACUUCACAUGGUGGGUUAUCAGGAGGAGCACACGUGAUCUCGAAUUCACCAAACAUCUCAAUGCAGCAGCCAGUGGCUCUUUCUGGUGAUGCAGAUGCUAAUGAUUCACAAAGUUCUGUUCAAAAAAUUAUACAAGAAAUGAUGUCUUCCCAGCUUGGCGGAGGCAGCAUGAUGAACACGAGGACGAUGAGUAAUGAUGUGAAAAAUGUCAAUGGACUGUCAUCAUCCAUCAAUAAUAGCGGUUUGAGUGGCAGGAAUGGCGUUAUAGCAAAUGGAGUGGCCAGUGGUAACCUAAAUAUUGGUGGUGCAGGCUUCGGAACCUUGGGCAAUGAGCUUGGACAAUCUGGUAUGGUGGAUGGGAUUCAAGCAACGCUAGAGAAUAACUCUAUGAAUAUGAAUAGAAGAGCAGGCGUGACAGUUGCCCAAGGGCAGAGCACAAAUCAGCCACAGCAGAACCUGGAGAACCAGCUGCUUGGUGGUCUUGGAGCAGCCAAUGAUUUCAAUGACCUUCAAUUCGAUUGGAAGCCAUCCCCCUGAUAAAUUAUAGGUUAUACAGGUAUUGGACUACAAUAUAAAAAGGAAAAGGGGUUCCCUCUGGGAAGAUGGAAGCAUAUGACAAUAAAAGGACAAAUACUGUCAAGACUCCCUUCCAUGUGUGUACUAAUUUGAGGAAAAAGGAAGGAAUAAAAACAUCAUCUUAAGGUUCCUAAUUUUCUUCUAACAUGAAUUCAUCCGGUUUUGCAACAACUGCUCAUCCAUGCCAGCAAUUGAGGAGGACAUGCCAAGUUGGCUGGCUAAUGGGAUUAACCGUCUAUCUGCUUACUCAGAUCUUCACCAUCCUAUGCGCAGAGUGUAUAUAAAGUUUUGAUUCACCUGGAAGCAAGUAUAGUAGCAUACUAUGGAACUUUCAAGAGUUGGCCUGAAUUAUACUACCCUUGUUUUGAGUAGUAUUGUCACCUUAGACUAUGUUUUUCCAUUACCUGAGAAAUGAUAGCCUUUUUGACAGGUUUGAUUUUUAUUACAAAUGUUAUCGACAUUGCAUAGUCGAGAACAAACCAUACAUUAUCAGAACUGUUGCUUGUGCUCUGGUGGGGAAAUUGAUGAGAAUUAGGUGCUACCUUUGUUCCAUUGUUGGAUUGGAUAGGACAAAUCUUAGAAUUGAUCAAUGAUGAAUCACCAUGCAAGUUAUUGUUUACGUA